GAAUAUAGUGAAUAAAUGAAAAUAAAGAUAGAAAAAUAUCAAAUGGCGGCGGCAAACUAACAAGCGCCAAAUUUUAGAAUUUAAUUUGUAGAAAAUUAAAACGAAUCGCGUUUUAAAGCGCUUAAUUAUUGUGAAAAAGCUUAAGUAAAUAAUUGAAGAACAUUUUGAAGAAUAAAUUAUCGAUUCACACAAAAUGGAAACACCAGAAAAUACACCGAAAAAAUCAUGUCCCCCUAAAGAUGGCUAUGGAACGCCCCGACAACAACCCACUGAACGUGAAAAACAAGGGCAAACUCCUCAAACACCUGGCAGAGCCAUUGGAUCCUUGGUGCUGCUGACACAGAAAUUUGUUGAUCUCAUGAUCUCAAAUGGAGGAGAAAUCGAUCUAAAGGAUGCUGCGGAUAUAUUAGAUGUGCAAAAGCGUCGGAUUUACGACAUUACAAAUGUAUUGGAAGGUGUGGGGCUUAUUGAAAAAACUCGAUAUUCUAGUGUGGUCCGAUGGAGGGGUGGACUAGAUGGUCAAAGUGAUGACUCCAUAUUUAGAGAAGUAAAAACACGGUGCAACCAAUUAGUGGCUCUGGAAGCUGAUAUUGAUGAUCAAUUGGAUAUUGCCCGACGAAAUCUCAAAAAUGUUCAAGAAGAUGCCGCGAAUAGAUCGUUUGCAUAUGUUACCCGCGAUGAUUUGCUUUCGGUAUUUGGCGAUGAUGUGGUCCUAACUAUUCCCAGUCAUGAUGAAGAAGUUAAAUUAGUAAGGCGAAAGAACUCUUUGCACAUUUCUCUCGACAAUGGCAGCACAAUUGAUGUGCGAUUGGUUACAAAUCAAGGUCGUUGCAGUACUACUCAACCUGAAACGGAAUCAGCGAGACACUUUUCGCGCUUGGAAACACCUUCGCCCACACUAUCAGCUUCAUCGACGCACUCCAACUCGUCGGGAACGCUGCAACAAACUACCACCAAAGCAAAUCUAGUCACCGAAGAACACACAUAUUUCUGCAAUCCCGAAUUGAAAGAGGAAAUGGAAGCAAUGAAGAACAAGCUGACGGCACGAGUUAUAUUACAAAAUUGUAUGGCAGGCCAUUCAUUGCGAAGAUUUUUUCCCGAUGAUCCACAUAUGGAGAAUCCCCCCUUAUUGCCUUUGAAUCCGCCCCAAAAUGAUUACAUCUUUGGUUUAAGCCAGGAUGAAGGCAUAUGUGAAUUAUAUGAUAUACCCUAGUGUCCUUAGCUGUAGUAGGAAAAGAAAAAAAAACGACUGGAAACUUAAGCAAUGUGCGACUCCUUUAAAAUCAUCCCCCUUCCCCUUCAUUAUCAUAAAAAUAGUGCAAAUAUUUAAAAAUUUUAAAUUAUAAUCGUAAUUCUAGCUAAAUUAGUUUCCCACAAAAAAAAAAAAAACGAGGACACAGAGACAGAGAGGGAAUAAUUGUGUAUAUAGAUCUUGGAUUUUAUUUUUUUUAUUAUGGUUUUCAUCUCAUGAGAGGUCUAUCGAUUUGAAAAAAUUCUAAAAAUCAAGCCAAGCCCAUUGUUCUUCUUCCCCUCAAUUUUCUCAGCUUCUCUUGCAUCUCAAUCAUUUAAAAAACAACGUUGUUUAAAUGAUUUUCUUUAUACGACUUGGCUUAGUUAACAUUGGCCUCACCUUACAUUUAUUUGUUUAUUUUUUUUUUUUUUUGUUAGUUUGUAUUUAGUCCCAUUUUUAAUUGAUCUUUUUGUAGCAAAAGUAUAUGACCACGCAUGAUUUGUUAAGGUAAUUCGUCCCUUAUUUGCUUUAAACCCUUAUCGUCAUGUGUUAAAUUCUUAAUUAUUUUUUUUUUUUAAUUAUCUUGACCAAAUAUUAGGGUUUUUUUCAUUUUUUAUUCUUUUCGCUUAUUUUCGAAAUAGUUUUUUAUUUUUUAAGAUCUAUUUAACUAAAAUUUUAAUGAUCGACAAUGACUUUUAAUAAUAAAUACUUGCCUAU